AUGCCUCCAGUGCCUCUUGAGACAAAGCACCAUCCAUCGUCUGUUGACCUAUUGCUUAUAAAGCGGCUCAUUGAAGAAACUCCAAAGCAAAACCUUUUACAGUUUCUUCAGCAUGAAUUUGUUAACAUACGAAAAGCCUAUGCUGAACGACUAAUUGGGGAAUUGGGUCCUGAGUUCAGUCCAAAGAUGCCUAUUAAAUCUAUAACUUCUCAGCAAAUUGUUCGCAUCCAUCAGUUAUUUCGUCAAGCUAAAUUUGAUGAUCCUAGUGGUGAUUGUCUGAGUCCUGCAGGGGAAUACAAUCUUCGUCUAGGAAUUAUAAAGGAGCUGCAUCCAGACAUGGUCGCGACUUAUUCUGGAAGUGCUCGAGUUUUUGAAGGCCACCCAUUCAUUGUGGAAGCUGGUGUCAGCGUGGGUGGAAAAGAUGUCAAGCAAGGUUUGAAUAUUUUCCGAUUUGCAAACCGAAUUCCACUUCUUUUCGAGCAAGGUGCUGAUGUUGUCACCAGGACCGCUCUUAAGAGAAUCAAUUGGAGUGGUUACAAGAUCAACCAAACUCAGGAUAAAAUUGGUGUCUUUGUGAGCAUUGUAAGCACCAAAAUACCCUUUAAAGGAACCGGGAAGGAGUAUAUUGGAGAUGAUAUAACUGAAAUAGCUUCAGCUGUCAAGUCUGCCAUUCAACAGUGUUGCAUCCAACUAAAAACCAAGAUAGUGAAGAAAAUCCAAGCUCGUGAACAGCAGGAGAGAAAGCGAAGUUUGAGCAUGUAUGCCGAUAAUGCUGCUACUGCUGCGUAUAAUGUGUUGGAGGCAAUGGAAAAAUCACGGGCAUCAAAGAAGCAACGUUAUGAGGAUAAGGAUGCAGAAAUGCAUAAGGAAAUAUUAACACAUAGUACAGUUAGAAAAGAAACGCUCCGGGAAUUAUAUGAGGAAAUAUCAGCUGGUGCAAUUACAAAAGAAAUGCUCAGGGAAAAGCUUCUACAACAUGUUGAGCAGGUGGACUAUGAAAUGGCAUUGGAGUAUGCUACACAUAGCGGAGUGAGUGAGGAACCCAGAGAAGCCAUAUUUAUACAGUCAUUAGAAGCUGCAGAAGAUAACUUUAUGGACUUGCAUAGUCCUGCAUUUGUCUUUCGGCUCUUCUGCUAG